UCCAAAACGAAUCGGCGUCAUCAUCGCCGGAAUACUCGUGCAGCAGAAGCCGCAGCCGUAGUUGAAGCAGCAACAGCAGCGAGAACAAGCCUUACGUCCUUUGACUAUGGCCACAUCUCGUUCGGCUACCACCCAUUCCGCCCAAGGACUAAGGAGGCUCCCUGGGCAUGGAAGUCCCGGAAAGGUUCGCCCGGGCUUCCUGUCCGACAAUUGGGUUAAAGGACCCAUGGGCGUCGGCCUGCUGGCAUAUAUCUGCUCCGGCGACUGUUGUGCCAUUAAGCACGAGCACAGCGGCCUAUCCUUGGGCAUCAUGGAGGACGGCUACUACAGCAGUGGAAUCACCAUCGGCAUCCUGACCACAUUUGCUGUGAUUAGGCUUCUUCCAGCGAUUGUAAAGUGGGCUGAUGGCGAGAUUAUUAAAAUUGAAUCCGAGUACGAAAAGAGUCGUGAAACCAAGAUCAAGGUCCUAUCCAUCUCGCCCUCAAACGGAAAUAAGAAUUCUAGCCAGGAUAAUGCCGAUCAAAACGUGUAGUCGAUUUGUUGAAUUAGUUAUUGCAAUUUGUCCAUGUAAAAAAUAAUAAAAAUUUGGGUGUAGGAGGAACUCUUUUUGAAGAUGUAAUUAAACAA